CAAAAGAGCUUUAUACAUACUCUAAAAACCAGCAUUACAAGAUCCCGUAAAAAAUCAUGGCAGCCUUGAGCUUUACGCCUUUAGCCCUCUCCAUAGUGAUACCUACCAAAACUUUGGCUCUGCCACGGAAGUGCACUCUAAAUAUGCAGGUUCCUCGAUGUUCCCCGAUCAAGGCAACACCUGUGGCACAUGACAACUCAAGCUCAACAGUAGAUUACAGCUCCAAUGCCUCUGUUUUUCCAGCUGAGGCAUGUGAGACAAUUGGAGGAGAAGCUUGUGAUGUUGAGAUGUACCCUGAAGUGAAGCUAAAGCCAGAAGCACAAAGCACUAAGGCCAAGACUGCUUCGGAGCAGACUGACAGAGAAUACUUGGAAUACAACAGUCCCAAGACGGUCUUCUUAGGAGAGGCUUGUGAUGAUCUUGGAGGAGAAUUCUGUGAGCCCGAGUAUCAGACAGGAGUUUACUAAUUACUGGAUAACCUGAAGGAGGGAACUGCAAAUAAAUGUUAUGGUUGUCAAAAACUGUAAAAGUAUACGAAGAUGUUGAUCCCCUCAGAUCAGAUGGCCUGGUUCAAAAUGGAGAUGCCUCAAGGUACCAGCGUAUACCAUAUUAGUAUGCACUAUUUAUAACAGUAAAGAAAAUGAGGAAGGCUUAAAAGAUGAUUUCAUUCAUGUGAUCUAUAUCAAUAUAUAUACAGAGAAUACAAGUCAAGAUAACUU